AUGGGUGCAUCCUCGUCAAAAGCUGCACAGGGCACAGCGCGCAAGUUUCCGACCCGCACGCCCGGCGCGGUGCCAACAUCAGCCGGAAGAGCAGCUCCGGCGCCCCCUCACUCGCAUCCCGCACCAGGCCGGCCGACGGCGAAGGCUGCCACGGCCAAGACGGAUGAUAUCGUCCAAGACUCUGUCGACCCCAAUAACGUGACGGAUGAGUUCUCUUCUCGCUUGCGCCAGAUGGGAGUCGUCCAGCCGAACCCGACCUUCUCCCCCACGUCGACAGCAGGCCCAGCUCCUCACGCUGCAGCAAUCCAAAACCCGGGCCCUCUUUUCCCUCCUACUUCAAGGAAUACAACACUGGGCACCUUGGAAGCGAGGCGAAUCCUGCAACAGCGGGCUGACGAAGAGUUCGAAGGCCUCGGCAGGAGCGGCAGCGAGGGACGAUCAUUACUGGACCUCAACACCAUUGUGCAAAUGCACUUGAUGCGUGACAAGGGUCACUCGCCGGCUGAAAUCGAGGAACGACUCAACUUGAGGAAGGGCCUCCUUGAAAAGCUCGGCCGACGUGGCAUCACGAGUGUUGCUUGA